CGCUCCGUUCUGCUGCACCAACUCCCUUUUUUCUGCUGCUCCUCCGGCCUUCCUUCCGGCUCUCGCCAUCUCGUCGCUCUGCAUCGCACCCGCACCUGCCAUCCGCCCAUCGGCUGCUCUGAUACAGCUUUGUGGUAGCGCCCCACCUGCGUCUGUCCGUCUGUCUGCCUGUCCAUCUGCCCAUCUGUUUCUUCCCGUCAAGGCCCGCUUCCAAUGAGCAACGCCGAAAUCACCAUCACCGACGCCGACAACACCGUCGAGGUCGUCAAGACCGCCGAGCUCGAUGCUCCGGCCCCCGUGGAGCAGCCCAACGUCGUGGUCACCCGAGUCGAGUUUGUCGGCAUCAUGGCCUCGCUCUCGCUCCUGCUCUUUGCCGCUUCGUUGCUGGCCACCAUCGUAGCGACCGCCCUGCCGUCGAUCGCCCACGAUCUCAACGAUCUCGCCGACUAUGCCUGGGUCGCUACGGCCUAUCUCCUGACUUCGACCACGAUCCAGCCCCUCAGCGGCGUGCUCAGCGAUAUCUUUGGUCGCAAGGCCUGCAUUGUCUUUGCCUCCGCCGUCUUCCUGGUCGCCACCAUCGUCUCGGCCGUCAGUGUCAACAUGAUCAUGCUGAUCGUCGCCCGUGGCAUCAUGGGCAUUGGCGGCGGAAUCAUCUUUUCUGUCGUCUAUGUGAUCAUCGCCGACAUUGUCAUCCCAAAGAAGCGCGGCAUCUACCAGGGCAUGAUCGGCGGCAUCUUUUCGAUCGCCACCGUCAUUGGUCCCAUCAUCGGCGGCUAUUUCACCGACAGCUCGGCCGGCUGGCGUUGGUGCUUCUAUGUCAUCAUUCCGCUCGCCGCCAUCUCCCUGAUUGCCAUCGUCAUCUUCAUGAAGUUCCCCAAGCCAUCGGGCUCGCUCCGGGACAAGAUCGGCCGCCUGGAUGUCUGGGGCACCCUGGCCAUUUGCUUCUCCGUGGUGCUGUUCCUGCUCGCCCUCACCUGGGGUGGAACCAACUACAGCUGGGACUCGGGCAUCAUCAUCGGCCUUCUCGUUGGCGGUGUGGUCCUCAUAGCCGUCUUCUUUGUCGUCGAAGCCAAGAUCCCUCGCGUCCCCAUCAUGCCCCUCGAUCUGUUCAAGUACCGCAACUUUAACACCUCCAACAUUAUUGCCUUCACGAUUGGAUUCCAGCUCUAUGGCUGCAUCUUCUUCAUCCCCCUGUACUUUCAAGUUGUUCACGGCUCCAAUGCGACUCAAGCCGGCUUGGGCUUGCUGCCUCUCGUCCUGACCCUGACCCUGGCCUCGAUCCUCUCGGGCAUCUUGACAUCACGAUUUGGCUUCACCAAGGCCCUGGUCAUCCCCGGCAUGGCUCUGCUGACCAUCUCGGUUGGUUUGUUCAUCAUCCUCGACGCCGGAUCCAGCCGGGCUCUCGAGAGCACCUUCUUGGGCAUGAUGGGCUUUGCUGCGGGUCUGUGCAUGCAGACUGUCACCGUCGUUGUCCAGGGCUCGCUGCCAGUCCCGCGCCUGGCCGCUGCCACGGCCACCAACACCUUCUUUAGAACCUUUGGCGGUGUCUUUGGUGUGGCCCUCUUCCAGACCAUCCUGACGACUCGCUUCGAGUCCUCUCUCGUCCAGCGCCUUGGCCCCAAGGCUCUCUCUGGAAGCUCGACAUCGUUCGAUCCCACGAGUAUCGCCAGUCUUCCUCCCUCCGUCCAAGGCACCGUCAUUGCCGCCUUUGUGGACGGCUUCCACUCGGUCUGGAUCGUGACCGCGGCUGUGGUUGGCUUCGGAUUUAUCGUGGCCCUGUUUAUGAAGUCUGUGGACUGGAGCAAGUCCAGCAAUACCAAGAAGGAUGCCUCGCCUUCGCAGUCGCUCGACAAUACCGCGGUCGAAGCUGCCAAGCCCGACGACACCAACGUUUAAUACAGAUGCAUGAACUGCCGAGAGGGUACUGGGAUCGACCUGGCCAGUCGGCGCUACGCUCACCAUCGGCUCGGCUUGGCACAGCCGAUAGCCAGGACCGCGCAAAGCAAGUCUCACAGUCAUUUUUCGCUUGCUUCGACUUUC